AUGCCUCCCAAGACGAAAUUCGAGCUCAAAGUCCCCAAGGGCACAAAGGAUUGGGAGGGGACCGAUAUGGUCAUCCGCGACAAAAUCUUCAACACCAUCACUCAAGUUUUCAAGCGUCAUGGCGGGGUAACCAUUGACACGCCCGUCUUCGAGUUGAAAGAGAUUCUCUCCGGAAAAUAUGGCGAGGACUCAAAACUCAUCUAUGACCUCGCCGAUCAAGGUGGGGAGAUUUGCUCGUUGCGAUAUGACUUGACGGUGCCUUUCGCUCGCUGGCUCGCCAUGAACAAGGAGAUUCAAAAUAUCAAGCGCUACCACAUUGCCAAGGUCUACCGGAGAGACCAGCCCGCCAUGACCAAAGGUCGCAUGCGAGAGUUCUACCAGUGCGACUUUGAUAUCGCGGGCGUGUACGACGCCAUGGUGCCCGACGCCGAAAUCAUCCGAAUCAUCAGCGAGGUUUUCGAUGGCCUUGGCUGGAAGGAUACGUAUACCAUCAAGCUCAACCACCGCAAAAUAUUAGAUGGCAUUUUCCAAGUGUGCGGCGUCCCUGAGGAUAAAAUUCGCACCAUCUCCUCAGCUGUUGACAAGCUCGACAAGGUUCCCUGGGCCGAUGUGCGCAAGGAAAUGACGGAAGAGAAGGGCCUUGAGGGGGAUAUUGCCGACCGCAUCGGAGAGUGGGUGGUCUUGAAGGGUCGCCGCGACCUCCUCGAGAAGCUCCAAAACGAUGAGGGGUUGGCGGCAAACGAAAAUAUGAAACAAGGCAUGGCGGAUUUGGGACUCAUGUUCGACUACCUCGACCACUUCCAGGUCUUGGAUAAGGUUUCCUUCGACCUGAGCCUCGCUCGCGGCCUUGACUAUUACACUGGCGUCAUUUACGAGGUUGUAACGGAGGGCUCUGCUCCCGAGGUAAAGUCGAACGAUGCCUUGGAGGAAGACUCAAAGAAGAAGAAGAAGUCAAAGGGCAAGAAGGACGAGGAUGAUGACCGGUCAUCUGAUCCUACCAUUGAGUUGGCAGCGUAG